AGGCAUUGCAGGCAGAAUCAGCGGCUGUCUUUUGCCGCCAUGGCCGUGGCUCCUGGUGACUUCUUGUCGACCUUUGAGGCACAAGUCGCGGAGCACUGGGAUGCCACGCGUGCCACUCAUGCCAGCCUUGCGGAGCACAUUGUCAAGAAAGACCUUCCAGGGUUGAUGACUUAUGACAAGGAAGACCCGCAUGGUAUCCUCGCACUCGCUCCUGCUCAACUCGAACCCUGUGCGGACGUGGUCAGUGGAUUCGGUGAGGCAGCCAUGGCCUGUGCAGCUGAGUUUGAGUUCUUCCUUCCAGCUGCGGAGGAGGAUUUGGGUGCAUUGCUGGAGUCUUGCAGCGAAAACACCUAUGAAGCGAUGGCAGAUGACCUGCGUGUGGCAUACGCCCAGGAAGAAUUGGCAGUAGAGAGAACCAAGAGUGCCAUUGAGGGACUGGAUGGGCUAUCUCUGACUGGGGCGCUGCUUCAGAAAAUGGAGCAAACAAAAGUGGACCAAAUGGAUGAUGAAGAGAAGGCCGAGCAGUUUGAGAAGAUGCAAAGCCAGCUGCACCUGGAGCAUGUUGAGCAAACGAAGGGUGCAGUCAGCGCUCUGUUGUCGAAAAGCCAUUUGCCGCCUUUGCAUGAUCAGGUGGAGGCUAGGCAGCUGCUAUUGGAUGCGCUGAAAAGAAAGGCCGAUGCAGUCUCAUCCAAGAAGGAUGUGGCGGACAAGUUGUUUGCCGGCUUGGAGCAGCAGCAUGCAGAUGUGCUGGACAAGAUCCAGAAGUGCUCUCGGAUUCGCCGCCUCACCAUUCGUGCGGAAGAGAACAAGCGCAAGACGCUUGAAGAAGCUGAGAAAGCGCGGCAGGUCGCUUGGAAAGAGUACCAGGAUGCCUACCUUCGAAACGAGGCAGCGACGAUUCUAGAGGCGGAGUUGAAAUUGGCCGACGAAUCGCUCAAGGAGGAGCUGGAAGCUGCUGGAGCCGCGCUUGCACAGACAAGAACGCAGUGUCAUCAAUGCUUUCUAGAGGCGGCCACCAGCACUGAAGCUGUGAACGCAAGUAUCCAGGCCGCUCAUGCGACCUUGUUGGCCUACUCCAGGCCAACGGUUGAGGCUGCCUGGAAAACCGCUGCCUUUGCCAGUGAGCUUGGCAAGUGUUUGGUGGCUGCCAAGCGCACAGAGCACGACCACCUGUUAGAGGAGAAACAAAAAUGCCAAAAACUUGCUCAAAAGCAAAAGCAGCCGAAGGUGAAAGCGCUGACCCUCGAAAAGGUGGAGCGGCUCGGAGUGCAGAUUUCCGAAAUCUCAGCGGAGCUUGCGGACGUGCAGGCCCUAUCCCUUCGUGCGGAGGACCAAUUCAAUUCCUUCAAGGUCUUGAAGAGCGGGCUGAAUGAGGACGCAAUUACCCGUGCAGCACAGGAUGCUGCAAGUACUCGCUAUGGAAACUCCCAACUAUAUGUCUCAGAUGAUGACUCAGAGGGCAGCACAGAGGCUUCUGGACCCACAAUGGCCAUUCAGCAGCAUCUUCCAAAUCCGUUGGACAAACUUCGUAUUGACAUGGAGGAGAAAUUCAAAAUCGAGAAGCAACAGCUGAUGGCAGAAUUCCAGCUGGAAAAGCAGCAGUUGCUGCUUGCCAUGCGAGAGGAGGUGAGGGCUGAAAUGCGACGCGAAGACACUGACGCCAGCUCGCUCAAUUCCUUUGAACCUAUCGAAGAGACUUGCGAUUGAUACUCCGAUCACGCCCACGGUGCCGGCUCAUUGAGCUACAAGAACUUGCAAUUUUUGAACGAACACUUGCUUCUCUCUUGGCAGUUCACCCUGUAUGCAGACUGCUGGUGGACUGCUUUCAAGAUGAGAAAGACAGAUGCUGAGUGCAACAGCGAUAUUUAGCCUCAGCAUAUUCCACAUCGUGUUCCAAAUAGAAAUUCAGACAUGGAGCCCUGUUUCCGUGUGAAUCUGCACGUGCUGUCAUGACGUCUUAUUUGUGGGCUAAUGCCCGAUAGAAUUGCCAGAAGUGCAAUUGGAUGUUCCAUUUCAGUGAUCUGAACGCCUCUUCCGAAAA